GCUUACCCUGACCGGACAUCCGUUGUUUAGAAUGUCUCCUUAACAACCGACCUGGAGUCAGACAGCAGAAGUUCUCGGAGGAGAAACGCCUCGAGUCGGGAUGGCUGGAACCGGAGAGAAGAAGGAGGAGGCCGACUACAAGAGACUGCACAGCUUCCCUCUCAUCCGGCACACCGACAUGCCGGAGGAGAUGAGGGUGGAGACCAUGGAGCUCUGCGUGACGGCCUGCGAGAAGUUCGCCACCAACAAUGAGAGCGCGGCCAAGAUGAUCAAAGAGUCCAUGGACAAGAAGUUCGGCAGCUCGUGGCACGUGGUGAUCGGCGAGGGCUUCGGCUUCGAGGUGACGCACGAGGUGAAGAACCUCCUCUACAUGUUCUUCGGAGGCGGUCUGGCUGUGUGCGUGUGGAAGUGUUCGUAGCCCCUCCCCCCCACGGAGGCCCCGCCUCCCGCUGACCAGGGAACAAACACCAGCGACUAUAAACAUUUUUUGGAGAUUCUUUAAAACGGGAAACAAAAUCUUUCUGCUGUUUCCUCUCUGGAGCUCGUGUGUGUGUGUGUGUGUGUGUGUGUGUGUGUGUGUGUGUGUGUGUGUGUGUGUGUGUGUGUGUGUGUGCUGGACACACACUGUCUUCCUUUUUAGUUUUUUAUUAAACCUCAUUUUUCGUCACCACCCUCUAAACUCUUUCUCUCUCCGGCCGCUCGUCUUCAAUAAGAUUUGUAAUAUUUUCUACGUGUACAUAUUUUGCGGGCGGCGCCGUGGAGGCGUCUCAUGUUCAAUGACCCAGUUGGUGUGAAUUAACCUGAUUGUACAAUAAAAUGAACAGAACUAUA